GAUCGAUUUGUUUUUGUUCAUUUCAUAUGCUAUGGAUCUGAUUGUUGAUUUAUUUGGUUUAUAUAUUGGUUGAUUUUGAAGUUGGUGUUUCGAUUAGGAAUUCAAUUAUCCUUUCGUUUUUGAAGAUGAGCUAAACAAAGUUAGUGGUUAGGGAUUUAAUCCCUGGAAAUUUACACCCGAAUAAAUGAGUGAAGAUUUUUCUUUUUUCCUCCUUUUAGUAGUGUGGAUCUGAAAAGAUGUGUCUUUGGCGAACUCCCAUUUUUCUUGUGCUUUUUAGCUUCUGGGAAUAGAUAUUUGUUGAUGUUCCCUUUUUAAGUGAGAACAACAAAUUUUGGGCCACAACUUUACAUGGACAAUCAAGGCUCUUUUUCUUAACUUGUCGUGUUUGAUAACUAAAAGAAAACUGACGAAUUACGUAUGAGUAGUAUAAAGUCCUAGAGUUCUUACAUGUUUUGCUAAUAUAACUUGAUAAAUUUUGCCUUUAAUUUUUACUUUGUUCUGUAAACUUGCAAUAUGUUUUCUAAUAUCUAUUUCCUGAAUAAUCUGGAUAGCUGGUUGUGUUUGGAAACUGUAUCUACUUCCAUGCUAUUGGUUUUUAUUGCAAGCAAAAAAAAAAAAAAAAAAUCGUCACUGGUCUAUCAUCGCCUUCUUUCCAUUUUUGGUAAAUUAUAACAUGUAUCAGGUUGCUGUGAUUUUUAUUAUACUCUGAUCUAGAGUCAGAUAUGGCCGCAACAUCAGCAACUAUUUUGUCAGUUGGAGCAACUGCAUCACUUAAUACUAAACUCAACUCAUUUUACCAAUCAAAGUCUGCUAGCUUAAGAAUCAAUUCACAAGAGACUCUUCAGAGCUUCUGUGGCCUCAAGGCAGCUUCAUCUCUUCGUUGUGACUCAGAGUCAUCUUUCCUAGGGAAACAGAGCAGUGCUGCCCUAUGGCGUCAUCUUGCUCCGUCAGCUCAAAGAGUGAACCAGAAUGUAUGCAAAAGUCUUCAACCUCAAGCUUCUUACAAAGUUGCUGUUCUUGGAGCUGCUGGAGGUAUAGGUCAGCCUCUGGCACUUCUCAUCAAGAUGUCGCCAUUGGUUGCCACCCUGAACCUUUAUGAUAUUGCAAAUGUCAAGGGUGUUGCUGCUGAUAUUAGCCACUGCAACACUCCCUCCAAAGUUCAGGAUUUCACUGGACCUUCUGAAUUAGCCAAUGCUUUAAAAGGUGUAGAUGUUGUUGUCAUACCUGCUGGGGUUCCGAGAAAGCCUGGUAUGACUCGUGAUGACCUCUUCAACAUAAAUGCUGGCAUAGUGAAAAGUUUGGUUGAGGCAGUUGCUGAUAAUUGUCCUGAUGCUUUCAUCCAUAUCAUUAGCAACCCUGUGAACUCAACUGUUCCAAUAGCAGCAGAAGUUCUAAAGCAGAAGGGCGUGUAUGAUCCAAAGAAGCUUUUUGGGGUUACUACAUUGGAUGUUGUACGGGCAAACACUUUCGUUGCUGAAAAGAAGAACCUUAAACUGAUUGAUGUUGAUGUCCCGGUUGUCGGGGGACAUGCAGGAAUAACAAUUCUUCCUUUGCUAUCAAAGACAAGACCUUCAGUGAGUUUUACAGAUGAACAAAUUCAAGAACUGACUGUUAGGAUUCAAAAUGCGGGAACUGAAGUUGUUGAAGCGAAGGCAGGGGCAGGCUCCGCAACCCUUUCAAUGGCAUAUGCUGCAGCAAGAUUUGUCGAAUCAUCUCUCCGUGCCUUGGACGGAGACAGUGAUGUAUAUGAGUGCACUUUUGUGCAGUCUGAUCUAACUGAGCUUCCCUUCUUUGCAUCGAGGGUUAAGCUCGGGAGGAAAGGAAUCGAAGCCUUUGUAACGUCUGAUCUCCAGGGUUUAUCCGAGUACGAGCAAAAGGCACUUGAAGCUUUAAAGCCAGAACUGAAGGCAAGCAUUGAGAAGGGUAUUGCUUUUACACAGAAGCAAGCCGUGGCUGUUUAAAGCCUUGCUUUUCCAGAACAUGCUUGGAGAGUAGCAUUGAAUCCUAAGAAUUGGUUUGCGGCUUUUCCUUUUGUUUAGUAGUUUGUAUGUUUUCAUUUUACCUCGUUUGAUGGAGAACUUCUGUUUGAGAUAUUAACUGUUGCCGUAGUCCUAGUAAUUGAAAAUUUUGAAAUAACACGGUUGCUACGACUGUGCACCUUAUCAUAAGACACACUAGGAUUGAAUUUGUUCGGUCAAUACCCAAAACAAAUACAUAAUCGGUUUGUUGGCGAAGUUGUUUGAGACAGAACGUUCAACACGUUCACUUUUACUUCUUUGUAUAAUUCAACAAAGCUUUAGUCAAUCAACUUUUCUCCCAGUUUAUGAUUUGGGUUCCUCG